AUUGACGAAAGACGCAUACUUUCCGAUGUUUACUACACUUUUUAAAAACACGAUGAUUUCUUGUAGGGCUUUGUUUUUUCUUUCAAGUAUUUUGGUCAUCCUUAAUUCAAGAGUAGUCAGUCAGGAUGUUAAUCAAAUUAUCCUUGAAGAUGGACAGUUUAAGAAUAUACUUGUAGCGAUCCACGAAGGAGUUGAAGAAGACCCUACCAUUAUCGAUAAUAUCAAGAAUAUGUUUAAAAGUGGCUCGCCUGUUCUCUUCAAUGCAACCCAGUUCAGAGCUUUUUGGAAGGAAAUACUCAUCCUAGUCCCACGGUCUUGGACCAGAGAACAGUUCUACGAGAUAGCCCAGUCCCAGUCUUACAAUAGGGCCAAUGUUCGGAUCCACUUUGGUGACGAGUCUACUGAUCCCAAGGUUGUGAACCACUUGAGUUGCGGAAAGGAAGGGCAUAAUCUGGCAUUGACAACGGGAUAUGUACAGAGUACCAGCAAACAUGGCACAUGCCACAAAAUGGAUAUAGUCCGUAAUUGGGCCAGACUGAGAUGGAGUUUGAUGCCUGAGCACUAUACUGGUGAUGAUUCGUCUGAGCCAACUUACUUUUAUAAUGGUACAUGCGAAGGGACAAGAUGCUCUCGAGAGAUCUCUGGUAAAUUCGUUGACCGACAUACACAGCAUCCAUGUCAGAAGGAUCCUGACGGCACAUGCCACAAGGACUGCAUCUUUCAGGAUGCCAGUUGUACAGAUGGUUCAUGUUCAUCGCUACUUUUUGGUUCACAUUGUAAAGAAACGAUAAUAAAAUUCUGCAACAAAAAGGAUCACAACCUUAAAGCCCCCAACCUUCAGAACAAAAAAUGUGGAAAAAGUGCAUGGGAGGUGUUGUACGACAGUGAAGAUUUUAAAUACGAGAAAAAUCCGCCCAUGCCCCCCGGCACCAAUACUGAACCAUCCUUCAGGAUUCUCCAGCCUCCUAGCACGAGACGAGUUGUACUGGUUUUUGAUAUAAGUGGAAGCAUGAAUUCUGAAAACCGUUUCAACAAGCUGAUACAGGCAGCAACGAUCUUCAUCAUGGACCUUGUACCAGCUGGAAGUGAAGUAGGCCUGGUUUCGUUUCAUUCUUACGUUGAAUCACAUGCAAAUCUUCGGGAGAUAAGAGACGAUGAUGGUUCAAGAGAAGACCUGGUGACACUUCUUCCUUCUUCUACUGGCGGGUCCACCUGCAUUGGUUGUGGGAUAAUUAAAGCCAUUGACAUGCUCAACAUCGGAGGAGGCUCAUUUGGCAACUAUAUUUUCUUACUGAGUGACGGGGAAGAGAACGUUCGUCCAUUCAUUGAUGAUAUCCUCCAAGAUAUCAAAGCGGCUGGUGUAGUGAUUGAUACCCUCGCCAUUACUCAGCAAGCUGAUGAUCAGAUGGAACAUUUAGCUCUUAACAUUACUGGUGGACAGUCAUUCUUCUGUCAUGAUCUCAGAAGCAGCGCAUGUGUGAACGAGGCCCUACUGUGGACGAUCGUUAGAAGACCUCAUCUAAACAUCGCCCAAACGCCAAACCUGGUCAAGAUUGGAGAUGUCGAGGUACCAAGCCAACACAAUUCUCCAAUAACGACAGUGUUUAUCGAUGCAGAGGAAGGCAACGACACUAUGGUGGCUGUAACAUGGCUUGAUUUUUUGGAUAUGAAAGUUAUACUUGAAGGACCAAACGGCGAACUUAUCGACCGCUUACAUUCUUCGUACACCGUUGAUCAUACUGCAGGAAUAAUCACAAUCCGAAUACCUUUAGCCUCGCCUGGUAACUGGAAUAUACAAAUGAUCCAUCAACAAGUGCACAAUGAAAUUGUCGGAUUGACUGUAACCACGAAACCAAGACAGAAAGACGCAGAGAGAGUGGACGCUCAUGUCGUCUUAAGCACAAGGAGUAUAAAUUUCAUGAAGGAUCCUAAGCUUGGAAUAUAUGCAAUCGUUCGAAAGGGACACAGUGUCGUUAAGGGAGCCGAUGUUGAAGCUGUCGUUGAAAAUUCGAUUGGUUCUAUCACGACAACGAUCGCCCUAAAGGAUCACGGAACAGGAUCGGAUUUCAUGGAGGAUGACGGAGUGUAUUCAGGAAUCUUCCUAGACUUUGACGAUAAUGGCAGAUACAGCGUUACUGUAAAUGUUCUUGGUACAAGCACAACAGUGCCUUACUCGACCAGAAAACGACGGGCCGUUACUCCAACCCCACGAUCUGAUUCCUAUCCAUUCAUGCGAUCAGCAUCAGGUGGGGUCUUCGUUGUGGAUAACUUCACCCCAAAUGCUCCGGAUAUCUUAUCUCCAUCUCGUAUCCAGGAUCUUGCAUAUUCUUCAUUCUCCUAUGAGAAUGCAUCGGUCGUUCUCACUUGGACGGCUGUGGGAGAUGAUCUGGACCAAGGAACAGCAUCUGAGUAUGAGCUGAGGUACUCCAACGACAUCGAUUUUCUGAAGUCAAACUUUACUGAAAGUCCACUGGUUGUCGAACAACAGAUCCUUGAUGGAAACCUGUCUUGGAUAUCUCCCGCUGGUCACUCAGAGAUAUUGACAAUCCUCCUUCCUGUCCUAACAGGCAAUCACAAUUAUUACUUUUCUAUCCGAGCAUUGGAUGAAGCAGGCAAUAAAGGAGCAAUAUCCAACAUUGUUUCCGUGCCGAUCAUAGAACCACUUCUUGUUAACCCAUCAGUCCCUGUUACGAAUUAUACUGACAGUAUCACUGUCACAGAAUCGUCCACAGAGAGGACUCCUUCUCAAAUGUUUUCUGAUAUCUCAACUGAUGAGCUAUCAACGUCCUUACCUGGGAACACUGAUUACACAAGCGAGGGUCUUCGGACAACCGAUGCAAUGACUGGGCCAGCGACAAGCCCGGUUACCAGGGACAAGUCCUUAGUCACGACUGAUAACACAACCUCCAUUCCUGUUUCUACAUAUCCUGCAAAUGCAGGUACAUACUCUUCCGUUUCAGGUACAGUUCCAGUUGAAACUCAGGAACCAAAGACAUCAGUUGAACGGAGUACCUUAUCCUGGACUACAAACUCUAGGAUCACAACCGACAAUGAUUCCUUAAACACGACACAAAAGACCACUUCCACACCUAAUUCUACAGAUCUUUCUACCAGAAGUGCACACUCGUCCGUUUCGGGUACAAUUCAAGUUGAAACUAGGAAGCCAAAAACAUCGCUAGAAAGUGGUACUCAGUCUCAUUCCGCGUCAACAAUGUCUAAGCAACCCAUAACUGCCAGCACUUCUCUUGCAGGUGUAUCCUCGACCAAUUACCUCUUAAGUACGUCCAAUCCUAGUCACACGGAGCCACGAGUGAAAACAGAUAGCACCCUAUCUUCAACAGAAGGACGUGAAGGGUCGUACCCAACAGAUCCAGUUGUUAGAGAAACACCGUACCCGACAGUAGUUGAUACAGAAAGCACGUCAACGAAAGGAAACGAAGUAUCAGACACAACCGAACGUCAGGAAACUAAAGAACCGGCAGACCUUGGCCCCGCCCUCGCCAUUAGCAUGACCAUUAUCCUGGUGGCUUUUGGUGGUAUCCUUGGUGCAGCAUUUGGGGUUGCCUAUCACAAGAAGACACAAGCCAGGAUAAGACCCAGAGAUGAUGCCGCAGAAAGCUACCAAUCUGAAAAUAACAACUCUCUUGAAUACCUGAAUAAUGAUAAUUCGUCCGAACAUUCCCAAGCAUAAAAUGUUUGUAAUUGCAUUCAUUUACCUCUUCAUAUUUCGAAAAAUAAUGGUAUUUCUAAAAGAAGAAGGAGGAGAAGAAGAAGCAACAUCAGCAGCAGAAGAAGAACGAA